UCUUUCCAUUAUUUCGUCUUCGUUUUUCAAAUGUUGCUCUUUCUGCUCAGUACGUUACUGGGGGUAUUAUCAGGAGAGAUAGGUAAAGUAACAUUGUCUGAACAUUAUAACGCCAGAGGACGUACAGUGGUAAUUACAGAUGCUGCUUGGAAACUAGCCUUGAUGAGUGCGUUCGAUAACAUAAUGUCUUCCUACAUGAUAGAGGGGGAUGAAGAGUGGGAGUUCUAUGAUAAGCCCAACUAUGAGGGGUUACUGUUCACUGCUACUGGACCCCUGGGCUGGACGGAUGUUUUUUAUCUAUUUAAUGACAAGGUUUCUUCAAUCAAACCUGUUAGAGGAGAGGAGGGACCACAAGGAGAACAAGGAGUGACAGGAGAAGAUGGAGUGGAAGGAGAGCAAGGAGAUCAAGGGGCUCAAGGAACCAACGACUUAUGUUCAUUUGAUAUCUGCUCGUCUGUAGGAGAACCUGGUGAACCUGGUAAUAAUGGUUCUGACGGGGAGAAGGGAGCAACUGGGAAUGAAGGAGAAACAGGAGAAAAUGGAGAGAUGGGAUUGCCUGGUAGUGAUGGAGUUCCUGGAUUUGCUGGACUUUCUGUACUGAAAGGCAAACCGGGAAGGGACGGAUCCGAUGGUUCGCCAGGAUUAAAUGCAGGACAGUAUUGUAAACCAGCGAGCUGUGGUCUAAAGUUGGGACACUGUUACGGGAUGAGCAGUGUUACCCUCACAGUCCAGUGUAGAGAGGGGUACGGAGCAGCUUCUAUCUGGAAGAACACCAGGUUCUGGGGUCUAAAGUGCUGUAAGAUAGUUGGAACCUUACUUAAUUAAAGUAAAACACAGCGUAUUUAAGUUAUCAAGAUCUGGCGGAUUGCUUUUUACUUUACUGAACUGAGAAAAAACACUGACCCGUACAGAUAAUCAGUACUUUAGUAAACCUAUUGAUUAUUAAAUAAAUCUAUUUAAACAAAAACAAAGUUUUAGUCUUCAUUGUCACUACAAGAAAUACCUGUAAUGUAAUUAUAAUACUUGCACUAUAUGAUCAGGG